AUGUCUACAACAAACCAACCUCCUCAACCUCCCAAACAAUCCAGCUAUACACAACCCUCCAAUCCCGUAACACAGAAUCCGGCCGAGUCCCAACAAACCGAACAGCGCUCGCACACCUACGGCACAGCUCCAGCCACAAUAACCCGGGGCACGUCCUCGAACCCUUCAAACCCUUCCAACGUCUCUUCCACCCGUACCAAGAAAGAACAGUCGGGCAAAUCGUUACAUGCCCACGGCGACGUUGACACGGAGUACGGCGUCGAACAGCAGCCGAGCGAAGGGGACAUCGCGAACGCUGUGGAAGGGCGCUCGCGCCAUAGAGCCCAGGCGGGUGCUCAUGCGGGGCCCGUUGGGACGGCACAGGGACCGGGUAUGCCGGCGAGGGGCGAGGGUGUGAGUAAUCUGCAGGAUCUGGAUAGAAAGGCGGAGGAACACCAGAGGAUUCUGGGGGAUAAGGUUGGACGUUCGCCACCAAUUGAGGGGGAGGAAGUGGAGAGGGAGAAGCUUCGGGAGAGAAAGUUGAGGCAGGAUAGGAAGUUGCAUACCAGCGAUGCAGUCAGUGAGGCGACGGGGAAGCCGGUUGUUGGGAGGUAACGGCAAUUGAUGGUUUGUUUCGAGAUUCAGUAUACUGUACAGUUGUGAUUAUGGCUAUUCCUGCAUGAGCGAAGUUUCCACG